CAUCAAAAUAAAAGAAAACUUGUAAAUUUACCCUCAUAAAAAUGUCAGGAAGGAGGAUUCAAAACAAAAUUUGAUUGUUGCAGAGAGGAAGCAGAUUCAAAGCUCCAGAGACUAGAGACUAGAGUCUAGAGAGAAGGAAAAGGAAGAAAAACUAAUGUUAAAAGGAAAUGAAGGAAAAAUGCAGUUGGUAUAGGAAGGGAGACUGGGCAGAGAAAGAAGACUAAUAACAUCUUUCCUUUCUCUCCUUUUUGCACAACAACAGCUUUUGAAAGAACUGAAGCUUUGAAGGUCGGCCCAGAUUUUUUAUAAGCUGAAUAAUAUAUACUCAUCCCUCUUCCUCUUCUAUAAGGAAGGACUCAGAUUGUGACAGGUUAAAGAGCCAAGUUCAUCACCUUUCUCUCCUUCAAUUCAAGAAUUCCAAGAUGAAAGGACCUGAAGCCUGAAUUUUAGUUAAGGAGCAUGGGGAAGAAAGGAAGUUGGUUUUCUGCAAUCAAGAGAGCUCUAUUACCACACCCUAAAGAGAAGGUAGCUAAUGGAUCAGAGAAACUAAGUGUGAAGGAAAAGAAGAAGUGGGGAAUACGGAAGUUAAAGCAUGGAGAUGGCAGUUCAUUCAUUCCUCUCCAUAGAAAACCUAGCAGCAUUGAGAAAAUACUGGGAGAUGCCGAAAGAGAGAAGAAAAAGAUGCAUCCAGUGUCUUCCCAUCAACAACAAAAGGUUCAACCUUCCAUGCACGGAAUGUCUUUCAACCAACAGCAAAAGGUUCAACCUUCUAUACCUCUCAUGCAUCCAACAUCUUCCCAUCAACAGCAGAAACUUCUCUCUUCCAUGCUUCCCAUGGCUUCCAGGGUUGCAGUUAAUCACCAUAAAGAAGUUCAACGCAAAGGCCCUCCAAACAAUUUCAACACUUCAGCUAUAAAGAUCCAAGCAGCCUUUAGAGGUUACAUGGCUAGGAGGAGCUACCGUGCUCUAAAGGGUCUAGUGAGGCUACAGAGAGUGAUGCAAGGGCAAAGCGUGAGGCGGCAGACCAUAAACGCCAUGAAGUUCAUGCAACUCCUAGUGAGAAUCCAAACACAAAUACAGUCACGGAGGAUUCAGAUGCUGGAAAUCCAUAAGCAAAAUUUUGACAAGAGUGAUAAAGAAGUAGAGAGCAUCUUGGGCAAGUGGACUCAACCAUCUGAGAUAGGACACCAAGAGGAAUGGGAUGAUAGCUUGCUCACGAAGGAGGAAAUAGAAGCAAGGUUGCAAAGAAAGGUGGAAGCUGUCAUAAAAAGAGAGAGGGCUUUGGCCUAUGCAUAUUCACACCAGUUAUGGAAGGCCACUCCUAAAUCAGCUCAAACAGCAUUCAUGGAGAUUAGAUCAGGAGGAUACCCUUGGUGGUGGAACUGGCUAGAACGACAACUUCAAGGUUAUCACUCAGAAAGACAGGCCAUUCAUGCAAAGAAGGAACUAACUCCAUCCAAUCCCAUUAUGGAGCUCAAUCCACAGCCUCCAUCCCAUACACCAGCAUCUUCAAAGCAUGAACCAGCUCUGUCAAGCCGAGCAGCAUACACAAACAGCUCCACCCUAGUAAAGCAUGCAAAACCAAUAAGAAGCACUACAGCUGAGUUGCCAAAGGAUGUUCCAUUAAUGAGGGAUGAUGAGAGCCUAACAAGCUGCCCUCCAUUUUCCAUGCCAAAUUACAUGGCACCAACAGUUUCUGCCAAAGCUAAAGUCAGAUCUCAGAGCACUCCCAAGGGACGACCACUAGUGAGUACUCCAAGUCAAGAGCUAAAGAAAAGGUUCUCUUUUCCUUUAAACCAAAGCAUCGGGUCUUUGAGGUGGAACAAGGGCUCUAUAUUCUCCAGCAAGGAUUCCAGCUCCCAGAGGAUAACAGGGAAGCAUAAGUCUAUGCAGUCAAUAAGUAAUUUAAGUGUGGAUUCCUCCAUUUCUUUGCCUAUUGGAAUUGGAAGGAAGUCAUUCGAGUGAACAAACUGUGUGAUUUUUUUUUCUUUGAUUUUCUUUGUUCUUCUUUAUAACUGGAUGGGGUGUUUGAUUAAGAUGUUUUAACUGAACCCUUAUAUAGGAAGUGAUAAUUGGAUAUGAAGAUCAUCAUAUGACACAUAUGUAUUGAUGUAUUUCCCUUGUUUUA